AUGACCGUGGGUGCUUGCAAAGAGCGAGGCUCAACUAUGACUGCACGCAUCACCAAUGGCCUAGGAUGGCCUUUUCGUACUAUCAACUCGGGCAAACCCAAGCAAGGCGGACACGGUUCCCCCGCAAGCAUCAUGAGAAGUCUAAACCGGAACGGUGGUAGAUUGGCGAAAACAGUGCGUCACUUGGUCAUCCCAUCUUAUCCCGACCGUAGCUACACCUCCCCCGCUACGAUUCUACACAUUAUAGAAUGCACACAAAACCUUGCAUCCUUUAGUUGGAACGCCGACUACGCUAUCCCCUUGCUUGUUCUCGAGGCGCUGCACCGCAAUCAUCCUUCAGCUCAGUUGAAAGUCAUGAACCACAACCGCAAGGAUCUUGCUCUAGAUGAAGCUCUCCUAUCAUCACCUCAGCUUCACACACUCGACAUUACAGUCCGGUGCUUCCAUAGGGGAGCAACACGUCGACAGGACGAAAACAGCGAUCUCUCCAAGCUCAAGACACUACUCAUGCGGGGUCGCAACCUCAAGGUCCUACGGUUACGUCUCAGUAAACAGCAACACUUUACCAUGGCUGCGAGAAGUCAACGCAACAGCUACACGGCUAUGGCCGUUGGCGGAUCUCAUUUCCGAUUCCAGGAAACGGAUACGUUCCCCACGCUUGAAGAGCUGGUCAUCACCAGAGCUGAUGACCUUGCGCAUGCCUACGAGCUUAGUCCUAAGCACUGCAGUGAUUGGGUCUACGCCAUGGACUGGAGUGAGAUGCGCAUCUUGGAUGUGGCAUCCACUAAUUCCGAACACCUACUACGAGAGAUCGCUGGUCUAGUACCCAAGCUACACACGCUGAGUUUGAACCCGUCCUCUAUCGACUGCGCUACUCUCCAAAGCUUCCUGGAAACUGUGCCACUGUUGUCAGAUCUGAAGCUGGUUGCUGGAAGCACGUCGAACGUGUAUAUUGGUAGCUUUGACAAAGCAGUCACGAGGGUUUGUGAAGCCAUUGGAACUCAACUCCGCUCUCUGCAGAUCGAAUCUAGAUCUGGUAUGGUCAUGCCGUGGCAGGAUCAGAGGAUUCAGGAGGUACUGGAGUUAUGUCCGCAGCUGAGGUAUUUCGAAAGUGUCAUCGAGGGGCUGGGUUCGACCGGUAAAUGGGAUGGUGAUGUUGUUGGCAAGUCGGCUUCGUACAAGCGUGCAUUGAUGUCAUCGACUAGCACUAGGGAAUCAGGUAUGCAAUCCUUUUCUCCUUUCGAAUCAUGCGAGACGAUACAUUGUUAA